AUGUCUUUUAGAGGUAACAAUUUGGAUACGUUUCCAACAGCAAAGCCUGGGUUCCAAGGUGCAUCGUAUGGCCAAGCGUCACAAUCUCACAAUGUUUCAGCUAAGGACAAGUACAGGCGAUUAUUUGAACAAUUCGCUAAAAGGGUUGAAGACUUAACGGAACAUCCAUUGGUCUUGAAAAUUAGGCCUUACACCCCAAUCAUUGCUAGAUUCUUUAUUGUUGCCACAUUUUAUGAGGAUUCGUUGAGAAUCAUUGCUCAAUGGUCAGAUCAAGUGUUUUAUUUAUGGAACUACAGACAUUUUCCUUACUACUUUGUCGUUUUCUUCUUAUUUUGCGUUGUGAUCUCUAUGUUUACAGGCGCCACGCUAUUAAUCUUGAGGAAACAAACCGUGUAUGCCACCAGUGCAUUGAUUUGUACCGUCAUUUUACAAGGUUUGGUUUACGGUCUGUUCACCGGAUCAUCUUUUGUCUUGAGAAACAUUAGUGUCAUUGGGGGUUUAUUGAUAGCAUUUGGUGACAGUAUUGUUACCAACAGGAUGACCUUUGGUAUGCUACCUGAAUUAGACAGUAAGGAUGGUAAAUUCAAAAAUUACUUGUUAUUGGCUGGAAGAAUUCUAAUGGUUUUGCUCUUUAUUACCUUUACUUUUACUAAGAGUUGGUUGACAGUUUUGUUGACGAUUGCAGGUACUGUUUGUAUCGCAAUUGGUUACAAGACAAAGUUCGCAUCUAUAAGUUUAGGUUUGAUUCUAGCGUUCUAUAACAUUACCGUCAACAACUAUUGGUUCUAUGGGUCUAGCAAAAGAGAUUUCUUGAAAUACGAAUUCUAUCAAAACUUAAGUAUCAUUGGAGGUUUAUUGUUGAUUGGCAACACUGGUGCUGGUCAAUUGUCAAUUGACGAGAAGAAAAAGAUCUACUGA